AUGCGCGUAUUGCGAGCUGCUGCAGGACAUGGAGAUGGGCGUAUGGACAACAACGACGGCGCGUGUCGACAGGAUAUUCGUAACAACAUGACGAGUCUCGAAACAAUGGUCCUCAAAGGCCCUGUGGGUGAUGUCGAGUCGGGUCUGGAACAAUUGCGCUAUACGGUCUUGUCAGAUGGCAUAACCAGCAACAGCGAUGGCAUGGUGAGCACCUCAUGUAAACAAAGCCCGCGAGCAACGUCUGACGAGUCUGCCAUUUCAGNNUCCGAAUUGCGCAUCUACAUCUGGCUGAUCCUGCUUAACGUGCCUCCGCUCCGCACCGAUGCCUACCUCGAUCUUGUGCGCCAGGGUGCCUCGCCUGCUUAUACCAAGAUCCGCAACGACACCUUCCGCACCCUGACCACCGAUCCUCUGUUCCGCCGUCGCGUCACCGAAAACAGCAUGAACGUCAUGGCUGCUCCUUUCUUGUACGCUGCCCGUAGCGAGGCAGAGGCUUUCGCUGCAUUCGAUCGCUUUAUCACUGUAGAGUGCCCUGGCUAUGUCAGAGGUUCCAUGGAUGGUGUCCAUAGAGGCCUGGCUUUGGUUGACAAGAUUCUUGCCAUUGUGGAUCCCAAACUGUCAGCAUAUCUGGCAAGCAAAGGCAUGGAGGCUCGCAUUUAUGCUUUUGCCAGCGUCCUGACCAUGUGUGCUUGUACACCACCUCUACCUGAAGUCCUCCAGUUGUGGGAUUUCUGCUUUGCUUAUGGCCCGCAUCUGAACCUGCUCUGCAUUGUCGCUCAGCUGGUUCUCAUUCGAGAUCAGCUUCUAACCAGUCCAAGCCCAAACCAGAUCUUGAGAUCAUUCCCACCUCUACAGGCAUCCAAGAUCAAGCCCAUGGCUAUCAGCUUUGUGCGAAAACUUCCCGACGAUCUCUAUCAACAAAUCGUCGACCAUGCGAAAUGA